UUUUCAUGCUUUUUUUUCCAGAAAUACGACAAAGCGUACAAUAAUGUUAUCAACUUGACUCGUGGAUUAUCAGAGGAAGAGAGUCACCAUGAGUUGAACAAAGCCCUUGAUGAUCGGAAGGCCCAUGAUGAACUGUGUCUUGGUCUCUUAGUUAGCAUUCUAGCAGAUCCUUCAGCUGCAUCUAGGCAUUACCAUGACCUCACACUCGUUUCGAGAGACUCAUUGAAAAUAGUAACCGAGACCCUAAUACAUCAAAUAAUUGGUGAGCGUUUCUCAAGGUUAUCAGACAAUACUAGGAGACAGCUCUUGUGGUUGGUGAGGGAACUUGUCAAGACUGGCAUUAAUAAUGUUGAAGGAGUUGUUUGGUGCCUUUUACGACAAAUUGCAGGUGGAGAUGUGUCUCAGAGAAAUGUUUGGUUAGCAGAGAGCCUUGUUGACAUUCUCAGAGAAAACAGGCCAUGGCUGGACAAAUUUCCAAUUAUUGUUGCUUCAGUAGCUUAUACAUAUCUCCGCAUCCUGGAGGACCACCAUGGCCCACAAUUUGCAAGCCUAAGACAAAAGGAGGUUCUAUUUGUUGUUGGCCUCUUGAGGGAGCGGUUUCAGGAUUGCCUGAUGAUUGGGAGAGACUUGGUUCGCCUCUUACAAAAUGUAGCGAAGAUUCCUGAAAUUGAGGCAUUGUGGCGGGACAUGAUUCAUAACCCGACAACAUUGUGUUCUAGCUUCACAGGUGUUCUUCAACUUCUGCAAAUGCGGACGUCUCGUCGAUUUUUCGUGGUGAGGUUGACAGAAAUGGAGAAGAAAAUGGUCUUUUUAUGUACAGAUGUAAAGUUUGGAAUGCAGAAAAGAUAUCAAGAAUGGUUCCAGAAACAGUACCUGAACACCCCUGAAAGUCAGACGUUGCGGUGUGAUCUCAUCCGAUUCAUCAUUGGUUGUAUCCACCCAACCAAUGAAGUAUUGUGCUCAGAUAUUAUUCCACGCUGGGCUGUGAUAGGCUGGCUACUCUCCUCGUGUACAUCUCCAGUUGCCACUGCCAAUUGUAAAUUGGCUCUGUUUUAUGACUGGCUUGUGUACAACACUGAAACUGACAACAUCAUGAAUAUUGAACCGGGCAUUUUAGUUAUGUACCAUUCCAUGCGGCCUCAUCCUGUUCUUACUACCUCUCUUCUCGACUUCAUUUGCAGGAUAAUUCCACAUUUUCAUCCACCUCUUGCUGACAAAAUACGUGCUGGUGUACAUAAUUCUCUUCGGCAAAUCCUUGAAAAACGGGUUAUUCAGGCAUUAGAACCCCUCUUUGAUAACCCUCGCAUGGAUGUGGAGUUAAGAAAACUAAUAAGAGAAACAUUCCCAGAAUUCUGCUCGUCAUCGACUGUCACAGACAUUAAACCCGAGGAUUUUGUUUCGUCGGUGCCAAACACUACUUCAGUUACUAGGAUGGACUUGAUGGCUGAAACUGGGUUAGAUUUCACCACACCAUCGGUCACUGAGAGUGUUGUAAAUAGUAAUAAUCAUAGUGAAGAUGAUGGGGAUGCCAUGUUUAGUGACGAAGAGGAGGAAGUCCCAGCUCCAAAGGUUUCGGUUCCUGUGCCUACUAAAGUAGAAGAGACAUCAUUGACUAGCACAUUACCGGUGGGGGAUGUGAAAAAAGUGUUAACCAGUGUAGGGCAAGAGGAAAAAGUGGACUUGAGUAAACACUUGGAGUUUCUUGAAACAGACAUGAGAAAUAUUAUAAUAGAUUUGCAAAAUGAAACGGACACACAGCAAAGGUAGGAAUCUUCUCUUUUUUCUUAAAAGAAGGUUGUAGAUUUCUAAGAUGGAAGUGAGAUGUGGUAAGAAAACUGAAGUGACUUCUUGUAUGUGUUUUUUUUCCAUUUUGUGAAUUCUUUCUUUAUUUUAAGUAAAGUGCUCCCAGUUCUGUGUACAGUAAUGUUAAAUUGAUGUGUUUAUAUGAAGGAGAAUUCAGUUUUUA